CUGAGUGAGGCUGUGGGCUUGAGUGACGGUUGAACAUUAGCGGAUCGCUAAGCUAAGAUAGCUUUACAUAUGCUAGGCUCCAGCAGAUAAUAAUAAAACAGUAAAACCGAGCGAUUGUUGUCUAGUUUUGUUAGCGAGGAGUACCUAGCUGUUGUGAAUGGCUAAUUUCGUUUCUAUAACAAACUGUUUUGCCGGCGUGCCGUUGACACUGAAGACAUUUGACCCUCAGGUUCGCGAGGAUCUCCUCAGACACGGAGCCUGCCGGUCAUCCGAGCCGUCACCAAAUCAGACGGUUGCUGUCUAACGGCGGAAAACGUCUACGAACCGGAAUUUUCCGGUGCGGAGGUCUAUUUAUGCCAGUGUCCUUGUCUGCUACUACGGGACAUCUCGGUGAGAUCUCAUCAUGUCAGUGUUUUGUUCUCAGGCAUUGCUCGCAAUGGCAAGAUCUAGGGGAUCCUGUUUGCUCUACAAACAUCACAGUCCUCUCCCGUCCUCCGCCUGUACCCGUUACCACUCUGCGCUGGUUGGCCGCACCGUGCUUUCAUUCUCUGGGCCCUUGCUCCUGGACUGCUGCAGUGCCCCCUAUGUGCAGCAGCAUGUCUGUGUUUCUGUGCGGACGCUUCACAGCUCCUGGGCUUGGCUGCAGGAGACAAAGGACUGUCCAGCGAGUGCAGAGCCAGCGCAGCGGGGCACCGGGUCCCAGCCGUCCUCGAUGGGCAGCACAGCGGUGGCACGCAGGUCCCUGGGCCAGAGAGUGCUGGAUGAACUGAAGCACUAUUACCAUGGCUUCCGUCUGCUGGGGAUCGACACGAAGAUCGCAGGCAGGAUGGUGUGGAGGCUCCUGCAUGGACAACAGCUCACGCGCAGAGAGAGGAGGAGGCUGAUGAGGACCUGCGCAGAUCUGUUCCGCCUCCUUCCCUUCAUGGUCUUCAUCAUCGUUCCAUUCAUGGAGUUCCUGCUUCCUGUCUUCCUCAAACUCUUCCCUGAAAUGCUGCCUUCCACGUUUGAGACGGAGUCCAAAAAGGAGGAGAAGCAGAAAAAAGGUCUUGCAGCUAAACUGGAACUGGCCAAGUUCCUGCAGGAGACCAUCGCAGAGAUGGCCCGCCGGAAUAAGGCCGCCGCCACUGGGGAUGAGACGCAGAAGUUCUCCACUUACGUGCAGCAGGUAAGACAUACGGGUGAGCAGCCCAGUACCAAGGACAUUGUGAGGUUCUCCAAGCUGUUUGAGGAUGAGCUGACCCUGGAGCAUCUGGAGCGCCCCCAGCUGGUGGCGCUGUGUAAGCUUCUGGAGCUUCAGCCCAUCGGCACCAAUAACCUGCUCCGCUUCCAGCUACUUCUGCAGCUGCGCACCAUCAAGGCUGAUGAUGAGAUGAUUGUUAAGGAGGGAGUAGCUGUGAUGAAUGCGGUGGAGCUCCAGGCCGCCUGUAGGAGUCGUGGGAUGCGCUCUCUGGGGCUGACCACUGAUCAGCUCCGUGAACAGCUCCAGCAGUGGUUGGAUCUGCACCUGAAUGAGAACAUUCCUCCAUCUCUUCUGCUGCUGUCUCGGGCAAUGUACCUGACCGACCUUAAUCCCAAGGCUCCUGUAAUUCCCCCACUGCCUAAGAUGGAGAAAUCCAUAGUGUCUGCUCCUGAGAAUGAAGUCUCAGGUUCAGAGAAGCCCCUGUCCUCCUCCAUGGAGGUGAUGGUUGACUCCGCCCCUGUGAUCAAGGACAGGAAGGGAGAAGAGCUGGUGGAGAAACCCCAAGGUCUGAACAUGCCAUCAUCAGAGGCUCAGUUACUACAUGCUAAAGGUGCAGAGAUGGCUCAGAAAUCCAAGAUGAGUAGUGCCAAUGGACUUUGAGAGGACACGCCCCUUUCUCUACCACCUCGUCACGCAGGAUGAGAGGAAGAGUCCUUUCACGCUUUCACCCAGUGUUCCUGCUGCCAGAGAAAUGCUGAUCUGGAGGCAGAGGAGUGUUUGCCCGUGUCGCUCUUACGUUUUUCUGCUGUCACACACCCUGGGAUUUCCCCCGUUUCCUCCUCCUGCAUCUCCACACGAGGGUUCUGACCCACACGCUCACAGCCACAACACCACCAGGGUUCUGACCAGAACCAGUGUGAAAUGGUGUUGGGCUGGUUGAGUGAAGCUCCUCACUUCCGUGAGCGUUUGCCGGGUGACUAGCUUUACCCAGAACCGUCCUCACCUACGGAAAACUCUGCAUUAACUCAAGAACAUGUACCACGUGACACUCAAGAUGCAGGUUUAUAAAAUAAUCCCUUUUGCGUGCAUUAUCUCAUGUAAAUCUGUAAAUAAACUGUAAAAUAUCGGCUAUUUUUAUCAGUCAGGUGAUGUUCUGCGGCUAUGGACGUUCAGCAGUGCCACCAGGAGAAGAAUCUCGUCUGUCAUAUCUCAUACCUGAAGGUGCUGUUGUAGUUCUUGUUUUGCAGGCAGGUGGCAUUUAGGUACUGUUGAAGGCCUGUGAUGUCAAAUCCUUCACUAGAUGAAUUGGUCUAUGUAGAAACUGACUCAUACAUGCCACAAAGAAAAUUACAUUUACUUGUAGUUGAUACUGUACAGUGAACCAUCAGCCUGUGAUCUUAAAAUCUGUGGUCUUUUGGUCUGUGAUGAUCCGUAAUGGCUGCCCCGUUUGGCUCUUGGACAUCCUGCCUGGGUUUACGUUUCAGCUGUAAUGAAUGUCCUGUAACUGGACAUUGACGCCCUAAUCAGGAAUCAAGCCCCUUUCCUAAGGUUUGACAAUGUCUCUACAGACAUCAUGUACCAUUUAAUGAUGAUCGCACUGUAUAGGAAACACGGCCAAGUUCACUGAGGUACACAUGAUGGACGUGUCCUCAGAUCUCUUGUACACAUCCACACUUGUGCAGAUGUGACUUGGACUCCAGCGUUCAGCACUAUAGGACUAACUGCGUUUCCUUAGAGAGGAUAAUUAACCUCUAUAAUCUCCAUUGGGUCUUUAGGGACUUUUAAAAACAAUGUUUUCUCUGUCUUACUGGGGAAAAUUGAAAAGUACAAUGUAUGCAACGGACACGUCAGAUUUCUAUUGGUCAGCCAUUUAACUUGGCUUUCAGUAAUGGGCUUUCAUUAAAAGCACUGCAGGAACUCUAGGAGGUGUAUGUGAACUGUGCCCCCUGGUACCUAUGCAUGACCCUAAAAGGUCAUCCUGAGGUUGGCAGACAAACCUCUAUGACGUCCCUCCAGUGGGUCUUUAAUCGUCCAGUCAGGGCUAUGCGGCUCGUGUAUAGGCGAACACAGUGGGACGUCUCCGGCAGCUGUGGAGUCAGUGCUGCGGGAUCUGAGCGUCUCGUACCUCUGAGAGAGAGGAAACAUAACUGGGAUGUUUUACAGUGACGUAGACACCUCACCUCUGCCCAGGUACUGCACAUGUGUUGUUAAAACCAGGGCAAGUGAGACUGCGUUAAUACAGCACAUCAUCUCCUCUUUCAGGCUUUCAUGAAUUUGUACACAAGCCAUGUUUUAUUUAAAGUCAAAAACCUGAUAUUUGUGGUGGAUUAUUUAAAAAUAUAUUGUUUGUAAUUUAGCCCCCCACACACCACCUCCAAAUGGGUUCCUGGUUUAUAUAAAAUGCGCAGAACUCAUUAAACUUCACGUGUUUGUGUUUUAUGUUUAAUCUGUAUGUGUAAAGUACAGAAACAUUUGUGGAAAUAAAUUCGCUGCAUUUAACAGUGGAA